CAUUGCUGCGCGUCUCAGAACAAAAACAAAAAAUAAAACGUAAAUAUAGAUAAGAAGCUGGUGUUGAUCUGUUGAUCGGUGAUAUUUUUUCUUAAAAUGGAUUUUAAUCACAGUGGACUCUUUGUGCUGUAGGUCGGUUUAUCGCCAGCAUCUGUUUAAAAACGAGGCUGUGCUGACCUUUGAUCCCAGAAGCCAUGGCCUCUAGGGUUUGCAGGACCUGCGGGGGGUCUGACAUCGAUGUGGACCAGGCCCGGGGCAGCGCCGUAUGCACUGGGUGCGGCUCCGUCCUCGAGGACAACAUCAUUGUGUCCGAGGUUCAGUUUGUGGAGGGCAGCGGUGGCGUCUCCUCUGCCGUGGGACAGUUUGUGUCAUCUGAUGGUCCAGUUAAGGCUCCUGUUCUUGGUUCUGGCUUUCACACUGCUGUUGGUAAAGAGUCGAGAGCCCAAACUUUGCAGAGUGGUAAGCGUCAGAUCCACCACCUGGGCAGCCAGCUGCAGUUGAACCAACACUGUCUGGACACGGCCUUCAACUUCUUCAAGAUGGCUGUCAGCAAACAUUUAACCCGUGGACGGAAGAUGCAGCACAUCAUUGCCGCCUGCCUCUACCUGGUGUGUCGUACAGAGGGGACGCCACACAUGUUGCUGGACCUGAGUGACCUGCUGCAGGUAAAUGUCUACAUUUUGGGGAAGACAUUCCUGCUGCUGGCCCGUGAGCUCUGCAUCAAUGCUCCGGCCAUCGAUCCAUGCCUCUACAUCCCAAGGUUUGCUCACAUGUUGGAGUUUGGGGAGAAGACUCACGAGGUGUCCAUGACGGCUCUUCGUCUGGUCCAGAGGAUGAAGCGGGACUGGAUGCACACAGGCCGACGCCCUUCUGGACUCUGUGGAGCAGCACUCCUGGUUGCAGCCCGCAUGUAUAAAUUCCGUCGCACAGUGAAGGAUGUGAUCAGUGUGGUGAAGGUUUGUCAGGCGACACUCAGGAAGAGAUUAACCGAGUUUGAGGACACACCCACCAGUCUAUUGACCAUUGAUGAGUUCAUGCGAGUGGAUCUAGAACAGGAAUGUGACCCGCCCUCCUUCACUGCUGGACAGCACAAGGCUAAAUUCCAACAGCUGGAGCAGGAACUGGCCAGGAAGCUGGAUGAAGUUGAAGGAGAGAUCAGCUGCUAUAAAGAUGAGAUUGAGACCCAGCUAGAAAACAGUCAACCCAAACGGAGAGGGAUCUAUGCAUCCUACGCCAAAGAACUGGAUCUUCAGGAGGAGGAGGUCCUGACUUCCACCUCUGAUACUGAUAAUGCUGAAGACACAGCGUUCCAGGCAGCUACAGCGCAUUUAGCUCAGGACUUCAUCUGUCAGGUGAUACAGGAGGGGGAGGGAAAGACCAGUGGGCCAGAUGUCAGCAGUGUGCAGGACAUGGACCCAACCAGGGUGGAAAGAUUGCAGCGUCAUGCCCCCCUCGCUUCUAUUCUAGGGAAGCUUCCCAGUGCUGCUGGCCUCAGCCUCCAGCACCUGUUCAAGGAACCAUCAACAGGUGGAGAACAUGAUGAUGAGCAGGGGCAAAGUGGAGAGCUGGACCUAGAUGGGAUUGAUGACCAGGAGAUUGACAGGUACAUCCUCAGUGAGAAGGAAGUCCAGGAGAAGACCGAGCUCUGGAUGAAACAGAAUGAAGAAUAUCUGAAAGAACAUGAAGAAAAAGAAGAAAGGAUCAGAAAAGAAAAGGAACAGGGCACCUACAAGGAGAAGCCCAAGAAGUCAAAGAAGAAGGCGGAGCCUAUUCAUGCAUCCACAGUGGGUGAAGCCAUUGAGAAGAUGCUGCAGAAGAAGAAGAUCUCCAGUAAGAUCAAUUACGAUGUCCUCCGAGACCUCAACCAGGCAGGAAGUCCCACCCAGGAGACACAUGACCCAACCGACAGCAUGUCCCAGACGCGUCCCAGCCGGCGUCGACGCAGGAAGAACAGAGGCCUCAAUGCUGGACAGCUGGCUGCUAAUGCAAGCAUCAUGGGAAAAAGGCUCCGCCCACUCAUAUCAUUUACAUCGAAGAAGAAGAAAACAGCAGCACAGACAGAAGACUCUGCCAACACGACGAGAGAAGAACGGGCUCUGACCCCUGACCCUCAGACUCCAGCGGCUGAGCUCAUCGCAGUAUUGAGUCCCACAAGUGUGGAUGAAGAUGAGGUGGAGAAUGAGCCUUGUGUCAGUGCGCUGGAGCUGAUAGGGGGCAGCGACUAUGGCUGUGAGGCGGAGGAAGAGGAAGGCUUCUAAUGUCUGACUGCUUUGACCUUUGAUGACGUGAUGUUUGGAAUCAUUGAACUAUUGGUAAACUGAAAGUGUUGUCAAAUAUCGAUGACUUUAUUGAUAAGUUUCUAGUCAAUGAUGAAUUUGUAAAUAUAAUCUUAUGUGGUAAUGUGAAAAAUGUUAUCUGUACAUGUUGUUAGUGUGUUUGGUGUAAAAACGCAGCAGUGGAUGUUUUUGGUGAACUUUGUGUUAAUUCAGAUUUAAUCAAACCAACAAAAAUAAAGAAAUGGGGAAAAAAGUCCCCAAAGUUU